CCACGCUGAAGCUGAAGCCCACCCCCCGCCCUUCCUGCACGACGGGCAGAGUAAAACCAAGUGCCAUCCAGGAGAUGCGCGACAGACCGAGCAGCCACUGCAAGGAGCGAGAGAAAACAUCAGCUGGAGCCUCUUAUUAACUCAUUGUUUUUGUUUCUGUCGGGUUGAAAAAAAAGAAAAACCUCACAUACCCACAAACUAUUCCACAUGCUGUCCGUACGGAAAAGGAUUUUUGUGUCCGGACGCAAGGAGAGGCUCACCUAAAGAUCAUCACACACAGAUUGCACCAGACCGGUUCAAGUUUUUAAUCUGUGCGGAGCAAAAUUGCUCCCCUUAACCAGUGUGGACCAAUGAUGGCUUUCAUGGUUCACCUGAAGACGGUCGCUCACCUUCGUGGGAAAGGUGACCGGAUCGCCAAAGUUACAUUCAGAGGUCUGUCCUUCUACAGCCGUGUUGCGGAGAACUGUGAGGAGGUGGCCCACUUUAAUGAGACAUUUCGAUGGCCCAUUGCCAGCAGACUGGAUGGAAACGAAAUGCUGGAGAUCCAAGUGUACAAUUACAGCAAAGUCUUUUCCAACAGGCUGGUGGGGACUUUCUGUAUGGUACUUCAGAAGGUGGCUGAGGAAGGACACCUAGAGCUGACAGACACACUCAUCGACGAUAACAACACGUCAAUAAAGACCAGCAUUACCAUAGAGAUCAGAUACCACUCGAUGGAUAGCUCAGCAGGAGUGUGGAGUGAUGGGGAGUUCCUGGAUGUUCCUGACGACCGUGAUGGGAUGUUUGCCUUUGAAACAGACAGCUUGCUGUCUGGACAAAGCCAUGGUUCAGGAACGUCUCCUGGACGGUCGUUACAGGGAUCCAUACCGACCUUCAGGAAAGCGGGAAAGGGAGUUUUCUCAGCCAUGAAACUCGGCAAGAUCAAGAUCUCUAAAGACGACCACAAGAAAGGAGAUGAGCCGGCGGUCCUGGACAUGGAGGACCUGGACAGGAAGGCAAUGCGUCUUGCUGGAUCACUGGACCCUGACACCAUCUCUCUGGCGUCUGUCACCGCUGUCACCACCAACGUCUCCAAUAAGAGGUCAAAGCCAGAUAUCAAGAUGGAGCCGAGCUCAGGACGCCCAGUGGAUUAUCAGAUCAGCAUCACAGUGAUCGAGGCCCGGCAGCUCAUAGGCCUCAACAUGGACCCUGUGGUGUGUGUGGAGAUUGGAGAUGAUAAGAAGUACACGUCUAUGAAAGAGUCCACCAACUGCCCAUACUUCAAUGAGUAUUUUGUCUUUGACUUCCAUGUCCCUCCUGAUGUAAUGUUUGACAAGAUCAUCAAGCUCUCUGUCAUUCACUCUAAAAAUCUUCUUCGGAGUGGGACCUUAGUGGGAACCUUCAAGAUGGAUGUUGGGACUGUUUACUCUCAGCCGGAACAUCAGUUUUACCACAAGUGGGCCAUCCUGUCUGAUCCUGAUGACAUAACAGCAGGGUGUAAGGGAUAUAUAAAGUGUGACAUUGCUGUGGUUGGGAAGGGCGACAACAUCAAGACCCCCCACAAGGCCAAUGAGACUGAUGAAGAUGACAUAGAGGGGAACCUCCUGCUUCCAGAGGGCAUCCCAGCAGAGAGGCAGUGGGCAAGGUUUUAUGUGAAGAUCUACCGCGCCGAGGGACUACCUAAAAUGAACACCAGCAUCAUGGCUAAUGUGAAGAAGGCCUUCAUUGGAGAGAACCGAGACCUGGUGGACCCCUACGUUCAAGUGCAGUUUGCCGGGCAGAAAGGGAAGACUUCAGUCCAGAAGAGCAGUUAUGAACCAAUCUGGAACGAGCAGGUUAUCUUCACUGAGCUGUUCCCUCCACUCUGCAAGCGUAUAAAAGUCCAGAUACGGGACUCGGAUAAGGUCAACGACGUUGCCAUAGGAACCCACUUUAUUGACCUGCGCAAGAUAUCAAACGAUGGUGAUAAAGGAUUCCUGCCCACCUUGGGUCCAGCUUGGGUCAACAUGUACGGCUCCACCCGUCAGUACACUUUGAUGGACGAGCACCAGGACCUGAAUGAGGGUCUUGGUGAAGGCGUGUCAUUCCGAGCCCGUCUCCUGCUCUCCAUCGCCGUGGAGAUCCUGGACACCACUGCACCUGAGAUCAUAAGCUCCACUGAGGUGCAGGUGGAGACUGUCUCCAACAUCUCAGAGAGCGCCACUGGGAAAAUAGAUGAGUUCUUCCUCUUUGGUGCUUUCCUGGAGGCCACCAUGAUCGACAGGAAGAUUGGUGACAAAACAAUAAGUUUUGAAAUUACAAUAGGUAACUAUGGCAACCAGAUAGAUGGUGUAAGCAAGCCCUCAGCGAAGAAGAAGAAAAAAGAUGGGGAGAACGAAGAAGAGGAGAAUGAGCUUAUCCAGAACUCCAGCGAGGACGAGGCAGAUGAGGACGGGGACCUGGUCUCUGUCUCCUCCACUCCUCUCAUGAAGCCUGUCAUCACAGACAGGAAUUACUUCCAUCUUCCCUACUUUGAAAAGAAGCCAUGUGUUUACAUCAGAAGCUGGUGGCAGGACCAGAGAAGACGACUUUACAACUCCAACACGAUGGACAAGAUCGCUGACAAACUGGAAGAGGGUUUGAAUGAUGUUCAGGAGAUCAUAAAGACGGAGAAGGCCUUUCCAGAGCGCAGACUCAGGGGAGUGCUGGAGGAGCUCAGCGUCGGCUGCAGCCGGUUUGUGACUCUGGCUAACAAGGAUGUGAACCAGGCAGGCCGAACCAAACUGGAUCGAGAGCGGCUUAAGUCCUGCAUGAGAGAGAUGGACAGCAUGGGCCAGCAGGCCAAGCAGAUCCGGACUCAGGUGAAGAAAAACACAGUCAAAGACAAACUAAAGCUGGUGCAGAACUUCCUGCAGAGGCUCCGGUUCCUCGCUGAUGAGCCUCAGCACAGCAUACCAGAUGUUUUCAUCUGGAUGAUGAGCAACAACAAGCGUAUUGCCUAUGCUCGGAUUCCCUCCAAAGACAUUCUGUACUCUGUAGUGGAUGAGGAAACAGGAAAAGACUGUGGCAAAGUCAAAGCUGUCUUCCUAAAGCUGCCUGGUAAGAAGGGCUUUGGUCCUGCAGGCUGGACGGUUCAGGCUAAACUGGAGCUGUAUCUGUGGCUUGGCCUCAACAAGCAGAGGAAGGACUUUCUCAGCGGUCUGCCUAAUGGGUUUGAAGAGAUCAAAGCUGCUAAAAUGGGUCCCAGUAUUCACUCUGGUCCCCCAGUCAGCCUCAUCUACGGCAUGAAGCAGGUGUUCCAGCUGAGAGCGCACAUGUACCAGGCCCGCAGUCUGUUUGCUGCUGACAGCAGUGGCCUUUCAGAUCCCUUUGCUCGGGUCUUCUUCUCCACACACAGUCAGGUUACUGAGGUCCUGAGUGAGACACUCUGCCCUACAUGGGACCAGCUGCUGGUGUUUGAUGACGUAGAACUAUUUGGGGAGGCCAGUGAGCUGAGAGACGAUCCACCAAUCAUCGUAGUCGAAAUCUAUGACCAGGACACUGUGGGCAAGGCAGAGUUCAUAGGUCGGACGUUUGCGAAGCCGACUGUCAAGAUGUGCGACGAGCAUUACGGCCCCCCGCGGUUCCCACCACAGCUGGAGUACUACCAGGUUUACAGGGGGAACUGCACAGCUGGGGAACUGCUGGCUGCCUUUGAGCUGCUGCAGAUUGGUCAAGGAGGGAGGGCCGAUCUUCCUCCCCUCGAAGGACCAACAGACUCGGAGCAUGGACCCAUUCUGCCUGUGCCUUUGGGCAUCCGACCAGUCCUGAGUCGCUACCGCAUAGAGGUUUUGUUCUGGGGCUUAAGGGACCUGAAGAGGAUUAAUCUGGCUCAAGUGGAUCGGCCCCGUGUGGACAUUGAGUGUGCAGGUAGAGGUGUGCAGUCAGCCCUCAUCCAGAACUACAAGAAAAACCCCAACUUCAGCACCCUGGUUAAAUGGUUUGAGGUGGACCUUCCAGAAAACGAACUUCUUCACCCUCCUCUCAACAUCCGAGUGGUGGACUGCCGGGCGUUCGGCCGUUACAUCCUGGUGGGGUCCCAUGCAGUCACCACCCUGAGACGUUUCAUCUACACCACCCCAGACAAGACCUCCAACAACUGGGCCACUGCAGCUAAACUUAUGAAUGGCUACAUGGUCCUUACCAAUGGCGGCACCCAGCCUCACUCCUCACCCAGCCUUUCCUCCCGCACCCUCUCUCGCCCUGCAGGUGACAUCAUCGUCAACAUGGACACCGAGUCGUCGGUCCGAAAGAUGGAAACAGUUGUCAAGUUAGACGCUACGUCUGACGCUGUUGUAAAAGUUGACAUGCAGAUUGACGAGGAGAGUGACAAAGAGAAAAAGAAGAAGAAGAAGAAAAAGAAGGGAGGAGUGGAGGAAGAUGAUGAGACAGAUGAGAGAGUACUGGACUGGUGGUCCAAAUACUUUGCUUCAAUAGAGACACUAAAGGAGACUCUCAGAGCCCAGGAGGCAGCUCAGGCUGAGGCAGAGGAUAGGGAGGACCUGGAGAUCGCUGCAGAGGCAGCAGAUAUCAAACCCGAUGACCUUCUUCUGAAAGGCUCCAAGACAAAGGAAAAGAGCAAAGAGAAGAAGAGCUCCAAAGACAAGAAGAAGGGUCAGGCUGCAGACGGCUCUGAGAAACGACUACUUAAAGCAAAAGUGGAUGAACUGCUGGUGUACAACAAGGAGCUAGAGAGUGAGUAUGGCAACUUUGAAGACUGGCUCCACACAUUCAACCUGUACAGAGGAAAGGCUGGGGAUGACGAUGAACAUGCUCUGGAUGAUGACAGGAUUGUUGGCAGAUUCAAGGGAUCUUUAUGUAUGUACAAGCUGCCUCUGUCUGAGGAGAUCACAAGAGAGGCAGGAUUUGAUCCUAACAUGGGCAUGUUCCAGAGUAUUCCACAUAACGACCCAAUAAACGUCCUUGUUCGCGUCUACGUGGUUCGGGCUACUGAUCUUCAUCCUGCUGAUAUCAAUGGAAAGGCUGAUCCAUACAUUGUCAUCAAGCUGGGCAAGUCAGAGAUCAAGGACAAAGAGAACUACAUCUCCAAGCAGCUCAAUCCUGUAUUUGGCAAAUCAUUCGACAUCGAGGCCACGUUCCCCAUGGAGUCCAUGUUGACGGUGUCUGUGUACGACUGGGACCUGGUCGGCACUGACGACCUGAUUGGAGAAACAAAGAUCGACUUGGAGAAUCGUUUCUACAGUAAAUACAGAGCCACCUGCGGCAUUUCAUCCACCUACUCUGUUCAUGGAUACAACGUUUGGCGGGACCCAAUGAAGCCCACUCAGAUCCUGGCUAAACUCUGUAAAGACGGCAAGAUUGAUGGGCCUCAUUAUGGGCCUGGAGGCAAAGUCAAGGUUGCGAAUCGAAUCUUCCUGGGUCCCACAGAGAUCGAGGAUGAAAAUGGUCUGAAGAGACAGACUGAGGAGCAUUUGGCUCUGACAGUGCUGAACCACUGGGAGGAGAUCCCGAGGGUGGGCUGCAAGCUCGUCCCUGAACACGUGGAGACCAGACCCCUGCUGAACCCUGACAAACCAGGCAUCGAACAGGGUCGUAUAGAGAUGUGGGUGGACAUGUUUUCUAUGGACAUGCCUGCUCCUGGACCUGCGAUUGAGAUAUCACCACGGAAACCAAAGAGAUAUGAGCUCAGGGUGAUUAUUUGGAAUACAGACGAAGUAAUACUGGAGGACGAUGAUUACUUCACUGGGGAAAAGUCCAGUGACAUAUUUGUCAGGGGAUGGCUGAAGGGGCAGCAGGAGGACAAGCAGGACACAGAUGUGCACUACCACUCGCUAACUGGUGAGGGCAACUUUAACUGGCGCUUUGUCUUCCCCUUCGAUUACCUCAUGGCUGAGGAGAAGAUUGUCAUCUCAAAGAAAGAGUCCAUGUUCUCCUGGGACGAGACUGAAUAUAAGAUCCCUCCUCGCCUCACAAUGCAGGUCUGGGAUGCCGACCACUUCUCUGCCGAUGACUUCCUGGGUGCGAUUGAGUUGGACCUAAACCGGUUCCCUCGUGGUGCCAAGACGGCCAAGCAGUGUUCCCUCGAUAUGAUCAGGAACGAGCAGGAGCUGCCCACCAUUUCCAUCUUCAAACAAAAGAGGGUCAAGGGCUGGUGGCCUUUUGUAGCCCGGGAUGAGAAUGAUGAGAUGGAGCUCACGGGUAAAGUAGAAGCUGAGCUUCAUCUGGUGACAGCAGAAGAGGCAGAGAAAUGUCCUGUAGGGCUUGGACGAAAUGAGCCCGAUCCACUGGAGAAACCAAAUCGCCCAGACACAACCUUCCUGUGGUUCCUGAGCCCACUGAAAGCCAUCCGCUACCUGGUGUGCAACCGCUACAAGUGGCUGAUCAUCAAGAUCGUGCUGGCCCUGCUGCUGCUCAUCAUGCUGGGUCUCUUCCUCUACAGCAUGCCGGGUUACCUUGUCAAGAAGCUGCUGGGGGCCUGAGAGGCUGCUGGGAGGACCGGGUAGGGGGGUGGGGGGUGGCCAGCUGGAUGGAUGGGUGAGUGGGCGAGAUGAGUUAGAGGAGUCUCCCUCAGUCUCAGGAAGAGAGGCAGAGGGAGGAUCCGAUCUUAAAUAAUAAAACAGCUCGCCACCUUCCACCUUAGCUCCAAGGAGAGAGAGGCAGACACCACCUCCGAUGACUUUCUCCCCCACUGAGUCACAAGAAGCGCUAACUGUCUCCUUGAUUCAGUCUGCAGCAAGCCUAACAAAUCUAACGCUCAGUACCCUGACUACAUCCUUGAACUGACUAAAAAAAGCAAUCAUUUGCCACAAAGUAACCCUGUUUUCUUUUACUGGAGUUAUGUUAACUGACAAUGAAUGUUUCUUUAUUUGUUCUUACGGCUUGUUAAGCUAAAUGAGAGUGUUGUGUUAGUGGCCAGACGAUUGCAUGGACAUUCAUUUCAAGUGAUGCUGUAAGAUCUCCCAUUACUGCUAUUGUGUCUGCUAUUUACUUAAAUAGGAAAUAAAUGAACAAUGUUUUUUGGCAACACUUUGCUUAAACCCCUUAAUACAUUUGUUUAAUGUAUACUGUACACACAAUAAUGGAACUGUAAGCAGAUAUAAGUAUUCAUUAUAGUAUUUCUCAACAACUACAACUUUUCCUGUGAAGACGUACUUUACUUAUACGCUGUGUUUUACUAUAUUGUCAUUCAUUAUCUGUGCACACAUCAACCAGCCUCCACUUAUAAGUUGUGGUUGUUGAUACAUACAUUAAUGAACACUUGCAUCUGCUCAUAAUUACAUUUAUGUUUAGGGCAGUUAAAGCAAAUUGUUGCCAUUUUUUUAAAUUAUAAAAGCUUGCGGUCUUUGCACACUUCAAGAAUAAUAAUGAAGAAACAAAAAUAAAGAUGUCUAUUUUCCUAAUGCAGUUCAAUGAGACAGAGAACAAGAUAACUUCACAAUGACUUAAACAAUUAAUAAGGUUUCACAGGGUUUAGAUAAACUGCAGUGCUAAAUGUUUAAUCUCUUGGAUCAAAGCAACCAAGCCAGACAAGCCACACUCUGCCCAAACAGUACUUGCAAAUAAUUAAUUAAAAAAUAGUUUUGUCCAAUUCAAUGUGUUGACCAGUCUUUCAGAAUGCCCUUUGCUUUAAUAUUCCAUAUUUUUGUUUAAGUGGUCACUGCCCUUCACCUCAAUGACCUACUAAUAAAACCGCGAGAAUACAUCAAUUAGGAGAAUACAACUAAUUAUUUGCAAAUAUCACCUGACUAAAUCUGAUUGAAAAGUCCUCAGAUGCAGCAAAUGGUUCAAGGGUAUUACAGUUUUCUACCAAAACGUAGACUUGUGUGUCAAUAUGCAUGCAUCAUUGUGAUAACUGACCAGAGGUCAUAUGCGUUGGCAUGACUGUCUUUCCAGCUCAACAUAAACCAAAUCACCAAGCCUGUUAUCUUUAACAUUAGAGAUAAUGUGGGGAAUAUGUUUUAACGUGCACUUAAGUGAGGCGGUAAAAGGGAGUCUGGAUACAGCUCCGUGUCAGAUGGCGUUGUUUGCUGUGUCCUUUCACACGUUUUCAAAGUUGCCUGUGCUUGACCUCAUUUGUGUUGCAGUCUUUGUGAUUAUGUGUUAUUGUUUGCACUUGACUUGCCUGUUUUUACAUUGGAUUUGUGUUUGUAUAUCUGUUGAAAUGUGUGCAAUAUUUAUUUUCUGUCUGUUUUUGAAAUUUUAAAUAAACUGAAUUCCAUGGC